AUGUCUCUUCCUUGCGCACCACUAUUCAAGCAGAAGCAGAGACGUUCUAUUCUAUUUGGAAUUGGUUUGGUUUGGGAGGUGGCGAUUUCGGAGGAUGCUGCGGGUGUUACGGAGGAGCCGGAGAGGCACCAGGGUUUGGACAAGAACUUUGGGUAUAAUAAAAAUUUUGGGGCCAAGUAUGAGCUCGGGAAAGAGGUGGGCCGAGGCCAUUUUGGUCACACUUGCUAUGCCAAGGGCCGAAAGGGAGAGCUCAAGGACCUGCCUCUUGCCGUCAAAAUCAUCUCCAAAUCUAAGGUCUUUCCGUGCUACACUUUGUAA